AUGAACUCGACCACACGUCUGGACAGCUUCAGUGAAGCUUUCUCAAAACAAGCCAUCACCGUUGGUCUCGCCUUAAUUAUCAACUGCAUCAAUGGAGCUUUUGUCUACACCUACUUUCAGAGCCAGGUCUUCCAGAGAGACUCCAGAUACGUGCUCUACAUACAUUUGGUGAUCAACGACAUGAUUUUGUUGACAUUUUCUGUGGCGCUGCAAAUCAUGACCUACACCAUUCACCUGAGCUUUACUCCCUGCUGCCUCAUGCUGCUCGUCUUAGUCACCACUAACAAGAACAGCCCUCUGAACCUGGCUGGCAUGGCACUCGAGCGUUACAUUGCUGUUUGCCGACCUCUUCAUCACGUCCAGAUCUGUACUGUGCAGCGAGCCUACGCUCUCAUUGCACUGAUCUGGCUAGUCUCCUUCAUCCCGGGCCUCUCAGAUGUCAUCAUCCUCCUCGCCACUCAGCCCCUCUCUGUCUUUGCAAAGAGUGUCCUCUGUCACUAUUCCUCCGUGUACAACACACCGUACCACAGAGCACAAAGUGCAGCUGUCCAGGUCCUUUUGUUUACCUUCGUCUUCCUGACUGUGAUCAUCACCUACCUGAAGGUCCUCUGCACGGCCCGGACAGUUUCUGGUUCUAAUCAGGCCUCGGCCAGAAACGCCCGCAACACUAUCCUGCUGCACGGAGUCCAGCUCUUCCUCUGCAUGCUGUCAUUCAUCUCUCCCUUCAUCACUGUCACUUUAAUCACAGCCUGGCCCCUUGAACGCACCAAGAUCCUUUUCUCUGGCUUCCUGUUGACCAAUGUGCUUCCACGUCUGCUCAGUUCGCUCAUCUACGGCGUCAGAGACAAGAAGUUCAGCAGCCAAGUCAGGCAGCACUUCUUCUGUAAAGGCUGCAGCUCUGUAGAAAACACCUAA